GGAUGAGGCCCAAAAACUUUCGAAAGACUUGCUUGAUAGAGGUCACUGCAAGUUUACGAGUCAGUCCCUUCCUUUCCAAUGCCUGGCCUGCAAAGCGCAUCAAAGAAAAGACCAGCGGUCUCGCAGGGUGGCCCAAAACCCAAGAAACAGCACUCUGAAAAACCUCCCUCGACGAAGUUCGAGGAGGGAAAAAUCCAGAAACGGAGUAGACCUGUCACACAGCCAAUACCAGCAAGUGGGUUGUCUGACAAUGACGAAGAUGAGGAAGAGGAUAACUUUGACGAAGAAGAAGCUGGGGACCAGGUGAUCGCCCCAGAUGAAAUGAUUGUGGAUGAUGCUCCAAGCAAAGACCCCAACGCUGCGAGAGAAUCGCAUAAAGUCCAACGUGUACUGCAGGAUCAGCGUCGAGCAGCCAAACCACACUCCCAGUUACUAGCGGAUGCAAAGCUCGUCUGGUCAUUAGCUCGGCAAAAAAGCAUACCCUCUGCGGAGCGACAAAAGCAUGUGAAAGACCUGAUGAAGGUUACCCAAGGCAAGGUCAAGGAUAUUGUUCUAAAGCACGAUGCAAGCAGGAUUAUCCAGACCGUCGUGAAAUAUGGUGGGCAAAAGGAGAGGGAUCAGGUCGCGAUGGAGCUCAAGGGCCAUUACAAGGCAUUAGCUCAAAGCAAGUACUCGAAGUUUUUGGUGACCAAAUUGAUCAGACUCUGUCCAGCACAUCGUGCAUCCAUCUUGCUCGAAUUCCAGUCCCACGUACUCCGUCUACUGUUGCACCGGGAGGCAUCUGCGGUUCUCGCUGAUUCCUUCGAGCUGUACGCAAAUGCAUAUGAGCGUUCGAUUCUUCUUCGCGACUUCUACGGCAAGGAAGUCGCUUUGUUCUCUCAAACACAAGGUUCUGAACCUGAGAAGGCGAACGCUAGAAAAGGCUUUCCUGGGGUCCUUGAAGGUCUUGAGGGCGAACGAAGAAAACGCGUACUGGUAGCGCUAAAAGAAAAUCUCACCACGAUUUUUAACAAUUCCGAUAAAGGCGCCAUAACCCAUGCAAUCGUUCAUAGGGCGCUUUGGGAAUAUCUAAAUGCCGUCAAUGACACGGAAGAUGAGUCUGAACGAGAAAAACUUCGCAAAGAGAUAUUUGAGAGUUGCCAGGAUGUCCUUGCCGAGAUGGUCCAUACCAAGGAUGGCAGCAGGGCUGUGAGAGACUUCAUUGCUUAUGGGACAGCCAAGGAUCGAAAACAAAUUAUCAAAGCCAUCAAGCCUCAUGUUGAGCGUAUGUGUAUAGACGAUGAGGCUCAGCUCGUCCUCUUCACUGCCUUAGACGUGAUCGACGAUACAAAGUUGACGGCAAAAUCUCUUGUUUCAGAUAUCACCGCCCACGCCCCUACACUCAUUAACACCCCACAAGGUCGACGUGCACUUUUCUACUUGCUUGUACCUCGGUCACGACGGCAUUUCACACCUGCCCAAAUAGCGAUAAUUGCUGAGACAGACCCUAUACGUGGCAAAACCAGCAAGAAAAGUGCAGAUGUUCGCGAGGGUGAAAUACGGGCAGCAGCAAGUGAGGGAUUACUUAAGUUCAUCGAGGACAACGGCGCGGGAGCCGCGCGAGAUACCGGUGGAAGUUUGGUAGUGUUGGAAAUUAUGCUAUACGCUGACGGCGACAAGUCUUCGGCUAUACAAUCCCUCCUUCAACCAUUAGCUUCGAUAUACCCUUCAGAGGAUGCCUCAAAGCUUCAUCCAAUUGACCUCCCGCACACGUCACGAAUGUAUAAAUCCCUUUUCCAGGGCGGACAUUUCUCGCAUUCCAGCAAAUCCGUUGUUCGCUCACCGUCGUUCUCCCCAUCAGCAUUCGCGUCUGCAUUCAUAUCCGUUGUCGGCAAGGAUUUGACAGUAAGCAUGGCUGAGGGAGAGGGUGCCUUUGUUAUCGCAGAAUUUUUGCAGCGGAUAAGAGAAGAGGGAAGUACUGAGGAAAAACGGACCGUCAAGGGCUGGUUUAGUGAGGACGUUGUCGAGAGAAUCAAAAAGAGCGAGACGAAAGGGAGAAAUGUCUUACUAGAGAAGAUUAAUUCAUUGUCAUUGUAAUGCUCAUUCUACAAAGCUAGCCACAGUGAACUUUGAGUCAGAUUGACGGAU